GGAGGCGGCGGCGCCGCCGUGUGCAGCCGGGCGCGGGGCUCCGAGCGCUGCAGCCCGCGUUACGGGCGUCGCGCCGCGCUGGCCGCCGCCGGGGCCGGGCUGACGCUGCGGGCGGUGCGGGCGGCCGACGGCGGCGCUUACAGCUGCCUGCUGCUGGGCGACGACGACUGCGCCUGCGGCGAGGUGACGCUCGCCGUCACGAACGGCACCUGCGGCGAGCCCUGCUCCGGCGGCCCGCGCCCCGCCCGCCCCGCGCUCCUCUUCCUCCUCCUCCUGCUCCUCCUCUGCCUCGCGGCAGCGCUGUGAGGCCCCCGCGGAGCGGCGCGGCGGGGGCACGCGUGUGCGUGUCCGUGCGUGGGUGUGCGCGAGUGUGAGUGCUCUGUGUGUGUGCGCGCACGCUGGUGUGCGUCCCUGUGCGCCUGUGUCCGACGCGUGGCUGUGCGCUCGGGUGAGUGUGCAAUGCCUGUGCGUGCGCUUGUGCGCUGCCGGGUGUGCGCACAGCCAUGGGGGUGCAAGGUGUGAACGCGCGUGUGCACACGCAUUAGUGUGCACGCCUUUGUGCACACACACGUGUGAGGGCAGCGCUUCCGCGUGCAUGCGAGUGUGCACGCGCUUGUGAGCACGCCUGUGUGUGUGCACACGCAUUUGUGAGCACGUGCGCGUGCACGCGUGCGAGCGUGCAAACGUCUGUGAGCACACGCGUGUGUGCGCACAAGCUGCGUGCGUGCAUUUGCGCUUGUGCGUGCGGAGGAGCGCACGCUGUGUGCGUGUGUGUGUGUGUGUGUGUGCGUGUGUGUGUGUGUGUGCGUGGGGCUGACCGCACGUGCACACCCACGUGCCGGUGUUUGCUUGUGCACAGCGCGUGUGUGUGUGUGUGCAGCAGCGCACGUGCGUGUGCACGUGAGGCCGGGCGUGCAGGGCGGCCCGGAGCAGAGCACCGCCGCUCCGCGCUCGGCCACCCCUGCGCUGGGAAAGCCCCCAAAACAGGACUUUUUCACCCCGAAACGCCCGGCGCGGGGACGAGGCAGCCAGGACGGCUUCGCCUUCCCUUCUCACGGCUCUCGGCCUUCGCUUUUGGGCCAAAACCCGCCCGGAACGGGAGCGCUGCCCAGUAGAGUUUUUUGGGAGCGAAGCCUGGCAGAGGAGCCGGGCGUUUGGCCACCUGGAAAGUGCUGUGGGACGGUAACUUUCCACCCGGCGCCCCUGCUGUCCCCGAUGUCCCCGGUGUCCCCGAUGUCCCCGAGGUCGCUGGCAUCCCCGGUGUCUCCGGCAUCCCUGGUGGCCCCGGCGUUCCCGGCCCGUUGGCAGCCCCUUGCCGGCAUCGUCCUCCUGGGAAGGCGGCAGCGGGUCGUCCCCCACCCCCACCCCGGGGGGGUCCCAGCCCCAGCUGGGCCUGAUCCUGCCCGCGGCGAUGGUGCCCUGGUGGCCCCCAGGGUGCCGGUCCCCAGGCUGGCGCCGCGCCAGCCGUGUCAUGCUGAGGGACAGGGGCUGGAUGGGACCCUGGGCCAGAGGGGACCCGUGCUGGAUGUCACCCUGAGCUGGAUGUCACCCUGAGCUGGAUGUGACCCCAGGCUGGAUGUCACCCUGAGCUGGAUGGGACCCUGGGCUGGUUGGGACCCCAGGCUGGAUGGGACCCCACGCGGGACAGGACCCCAGACCAGAUGGGACCCGGGGCAGUUGGGACCCCAGGCUGGAUGUGACCCUCACCCAGAUGGGACCCCAUCCUGGAUGGCACCCUGGACCAAGGAGCUCCCCAGGCUGGGUGCCACCCUGAACUAGAAGGGACCCUGGGCUGGAUGGAACCAAGGACAGUUGGGACCCAGGGCUGAAUGUCACCCGGGAUCAGAUGGGAGCCCAGGCUGGAUGGGACCCCAGACCAGACGGGACCCCAGACCAGACGGGACCCAGGACAGUCGGGACCCAAGGCUCAAUGCCAUCCUGCAUCAGAUGGGUCCCCAGGCUGGAUGUGACCCCAGACCAGAUGGGACCAAGGACAGUUGGGACCCAGGGCUGAAUGCCACCCGGGAUCAGAUGGGUCCCCAGGCUGGAUGUGACCCUCACCCAGAUGGGACCCCAUCCUGGAUGGCACCCUGGACCAAGGAGCUCCCUGGGCUGGGUGCCACCCUGAACUAGAAGGGACCCUGGGCUGGAUGGGACCCCAGACCAGAUGGGACCCACGGCUCAAUGCCACCCUGGAUCAUAUGGGACCCAGGACAGUUGGGACCCAGGACAGUCGGGACCCAGGACAGUCGGGACCCAGGGCUGACUGCCACCCGGGAUCAGAUGGCACCCCAGGCUGGAGGCCCCCCCGGCCUUUCCUCCUUGUCACCCCACGGUGCCACCCUCAGCGGCCACCCAGGUGGCCCGUCGCCAUCAGCGCGUCGCCUGCACCCCGUGUCCCUCCGGCCCUCGCCCACGCUGUCCCCAGCGCCCCGGGGACCCUGCGGCGGCCGGCAGGAAAGUGCCCGCUCGGCGUUUUCCCGCGGCCCCGGUCCCCGUCAGCACUUCGGGCCGGUGGCGGUGGCAGCGCCGAGACCUUUCCAGGCCUUUGUGGCCCCGGACAAUGGCAGCGCCCGAGCCCUUAACCCCCCCCCCCCGGCGCCCCGGCCACCCACUCGGCCCCGGGGACAGACGCACGGACGGGACCGCGCGGACGCAGGCGCCCGGCCCGGCGCCGCUGGGCGCUGAAGGCGGGGCCGCGGCGAUGCCGGCGCGCGGGGGGCUGCUGUGCGCCGCCUCCGGCCUGGCGCUGCUGCUGGCCGCCACGGCCACCGACUUCUGGCUGCAGCACCGGGCGCCCGGGGGGGCCGGCUGCCAGGGCCUGUGGCGCGUCUGCCUGGGGGGGGCCUGCCGCCCCCACGCCGGCACCCCGGCGCUCUGGGACGCCGCGCGGGUGCUCAUGCUGCUCUCGGUGCUCUCCGCCACGGCCGGCAUCGCCCUGGGGCUCUCGGCCGCUGCCAGCGGCGCCCGGCGGCUGCGUCUCCGCGUGGCCGGUGUCACCCUGCUGCUGGCCGCGUUCCUGGCGCUGCUGGGCCUGGCGCUGUACACGGCCGCGGCGGUGAGCGUCUUCGGGAAGGACCAGGCCGACUGGCGCUUCUCCUGGUCCUACAUCCUGGGCUGGAUCGCCGUCGUCCUCGUCAGCUCCGCAGGGCUCUUCCACGUCUGCGCCGCCUCCAAGGACCCGACGCCGGAGAGCUCCGAAGUGGCGGGGGCCUGAUGGGUGCCGGGACCCCGCUCCUGCCCCCCCCCGCUGCCCCACAGACCCCCCCCCGCCGUGGGGGGCCAUUGGGUGCAGGGCACUGCUGCGCUGAGCUGUGCCUGGUCUCAGCAGGGCUGAGCUCCCCUGGCUCCCCCACCCUGCUGCCCCCACCCCAGUCAUCCCCCCCCUUGCCCCCCCCCCAAUGUAGGCACUCUCCUGCUGUGCUAAUAAACAGCUGUGCCCCCCCC